CAUGUGUUCCUAACUUGCAGCUUCCCGUACCAACGACACACUGAGCACUAGCGCUAACCGACCGAGCCUCUCGUCAAGAUAGUCAUAUCUAAAACAAUAUCCGAAAACACGUUCCCGCAACCUUCCGAAGGCUUCUGCUGUUGAACAAACAGCCUCAAUGUUCAGAGCACUUACAAACUUGCCUGCUCGCCCGUUGCGUAUCUAUGCACCCCUAGUGCUACGAAAUUUUCGGCUCAAAUCACAGAGUACGAGCAAUCAACCCACGUCCUGGCGAAAAGAUGCAGGCGUGGACCAACCCAAUGUGCUCAUAGAGGACCCAUUCACCCGGUCGACAUUAUUCACUCUGGACUUUUUCAAGCGCCUGGCGAAGUUUUCUCUUGUGGGUAUUCUUGCACUCGGGAUUACGGGCUGCACGGCAUUUGAAGGUAUACACAUGUGGGUGGAGAACGUCGAGCUCGCAUGCGACCAAGAUAGCGAGGUGCGCAGGUGGGAGUGGGAUCACGAGGCUGAGAAAUGGUCAGGCGGGGAGCUAGGUGGGACGGACUCGGCACUGGGAUUCAAAGGAAGACAUGCCGUUCGCAGUGCAUGGAUCGCAGAGAACUGGGGAACGGGCUCGGGAGCGAUCAUCAUCCGCUCAAAUACAUCUUCGGGACGAGGCUCACAGGGUGCAGGUAGUCUCAACGUCAUAGAGGCUCGCCUAGAGGUUGCCCAGAAUUUUAUGGCUCUUGCCAUCAGCAUUGCCGAACGCAAGAUGUCAUCGGGAAAGUUACGCCCACAAACUAUGGGUGAGCUACUCGCCCGCCACGCUUCUAUUCUCGAGCGUAUGGGGACGAGGGAUGCACUUCUACAGUCCCGGGCCCAAUAUGAGCGAGUGUGGGCUGGAUUGCCUGUCAAGGGCACAGAUGCUGCACGGGUUGCAUUGAAGCUCGGGGACCUUGAGCAUCGCCUCGGGGACUUCGAAGACGCACUCGCAUGGUGGACGCGGACCAUCAACCUCACCCAGGGCACUCAGCAAGCGGAUCUCUCCGCUCCACGGUUAACCCGGACCGUCCCUUCAUCUCCGUCUGCGCAACGCACGCUUGCGUCCACGUUGGUAUCACUUUCCGCCUACUACUCCACAACUGGCAACCUCAAGCAAGCACAUCAAUUACAGGAGUCCGGACUUGAUCUCCUACGCUCCAUUCCGUCUCCUUCCAGGAUUUCAGCAGCAUCUCCGCCGCAGGCAUUGCAUUCACUAUUCCUACUUCACAGAUCGUCUCUGCUUUCUAUUCAUCUCGCGGAAGUUCUCUACGCCCUUCGCGCAGCACCUGAACAGUCCAUACAGUGGCUCACGCGAGCUGCAGAAUCAUCCGAGCGAGUUGCUCUUGCCCUUGCAGGUCUCCCAUUCACCCAUCCUGAUGCACCAGGCUCAUCAAUUCCUCAUCCGCCCGCCUCAGAAGCAUCCCUUAUUCCCGUGUAUGUAAAAUCAACUACAAUGCGAAAACCAGCAAAAAGCCUCCUCCGCGAUGCUCGCCGGACGGCUGCUGAAGCCUGGAAUCUUAUGGGUAUACUGAGGGAGGGCGAGAAGGAUGACGGAGCAGAACGCGCGCUCGAAUGUUAUGAACGCGCUCUUGGGUGGGCGGGUGUCGCUGCAGAUCUUUCUGGCGGUAUUGGUGAGCCUGGGGAAGGCACGCCAGAAGCAGAGUGGAAGGUACUUUGGAACAAUUAUGUUCGUGUGCGCGAGGCGAUACGAAAGCAAGCGAAACAUUGAGCCCGAGCACUAUCAGAUUCAUCCUGUGCUCUUGUUGUACUAGUUUGCAGGGCCAUUUCAUGUAUCUUAUCUGCAUUCUAUUACUCCCAUUCAAAACCAAUUACGUCUCAGUGA